CUUUUCACUUUUUAAAUUUAAUUUAAUUUUAUGUUUUCGCUGUGGAGAGAAUAAAUGUUUACUGUUUUAAGCUCUUAAGUUAGGGGUAACUUGUUACACAACCACAAUCACCCUUUUAAAAAUGACAUGAACAAGUUGACUGGAUCCCAAGUUCCUCUCCUAAACACCUGAAGUGGUUCUGUUUUUAUUGUUGAUUCUAUCACAGAUGUCCCCCAUUCUCCCCUCCCCUUUGCCCCCUUCCACCCAGCCUCAGCAGGAGUUUGGGAAGCAGAUAAAGAAGUGAGACUUGAACUUGCAGUUCAAGUGCGGGCGCCCCUGUGUGCGCGUGCGCACUCACUCACUCACUCACUCACUCACUCACUCACUCACUCACUCACUCACAGACCGAUGACUUAGCAGCUGUGAAGAUGGAGAUGGGGGACUCAGUGACUGUUAAUCUACUUCAAGUGCUUGCAUGUCUGAGGCUGGAGUUGAAGCCUCCAGCGUGUUUGGAGUUAAUUCCCAUUAGGUUGGACUCCGCCCCUCUCUCCCAAAGCCUAGAGACCAUAGAACUCUAAAUCAGGUGGAAGGAAGGAAUGAUGGAAAAAGUGCUGGAAAGCAGAAUCCCAUAAGGACCCAAAUGGUCCUUGAGAGAAUAAUUUUAUCAAGAAGCAAGGGCCAAGUGACACAUGAAUGAGCCCCAGGACUGGCCAGACAGAUGAAAAAUAGGCUGAUGGAGCCUACGUGAUAACUUUUUGUAUUUGGUCCUGUGACCCAACUCAUCUCCCCAUACCUGCAGAGAAACCUGGGACCAUGAGGAGCAGCCUGACAGUGGUGGGGACCCUCUGGGCCUUCCUGUCCCUUGUUACUGCUGUGGCCAGUUCUACCAGUUACUUCCUGCCAUACUGGCUCUUUGGAUCCCAGCUGGGGAAGCCAGUGUCCUUCAGCACAUUCCGGAGAUGCAACUACCCUGUGCGGGGAGAGGGGGACAGUCUGAUCAUGGUGGAAGAGUGUGGGCGCUAUGCCAGCUUCAGUGCUAUUCCAAGCCUUGCCUGGCAGAUGUGCACGGUGGUGACAGGUGCUGGCUGUGCUCUCCUGCUCCUGGUGGCACUGGCUGCAGUUCUGGGCUGCUGCAUGGAGGAGCUUAUCUCCAGAAUGAUGGGACGUUGCAUGGGAGCAGCGCAGUUUGUGGGAGGGCUGCUGAUAAGCUCAGGCUGUGCAUUAUACCCCUUAGGAUGGAAUAGCCCGGAGAUAAUGCAAACAUGUGGGAAUGUCUCCAAUCAAUUUCAGUUAGGUACUUGUAGGCUUGGUUGGGCCUAUUAUUGUGCUGGAGGUGGAGCAGCUGCAGCCAUGUUGAUCUGUACCUGGCUCUCUUGCUUUGCUGGAAGAAACCCCAAGCCUGUUAUGUUGGUGGAGAGCAUCAUGAGAAACACCAAUUCUUAUGCCAUGGAGCUUGACUACUGCCUCAAGCCUUGAGCUUUGUCAGAAGGUUGGAGAGGGUGGGAAAGAAGAGGUAAGGGAGCCUUGAAAAGAGGUACUAAGGCUAAGGCAGUUGCCAUCCACCUCUUAGCAGUGUAGCCUAGAGUUGCAUGCUUUUAAACUCACCAUUCAUUUUCACUUUCCCUUAAGCCAGUGGGUCAGUGGCUACUUACAAAAUUCAUCAAGAAAUAUGAUUUUCUCAAACCCCCAAGUCCCAAAGUACCCCUUUAUGCAAAAUAAGGAGAAGAUCCUCACUUGAAAGGUAACUGCACAAGGCUAGGUAAGGACACUUGUGCAGGAAGGGACAAGGAGAUGGACAGGGCUGGUUCCUGCCAUUCCAUUCUUGUGGCCCUCCCUCUGGUAUCGAUUGCUAUCUAUAGAAUGCCACUGCUCAAAUAUUUGAGACUUUCUCAGGACUACACCUUGACUUCUUUCUCUUUUAUCCUGCCUUUCUUCCUUUUCAUUUGUGGAAAAGCUUGUGGAGAGGGUGAUUCCCAGGAAUGAAAACAUUAACCAAGGUUAAUUGCUUAUAGUCUAAGACCCCUUCCUCAUUAUGCUUUAGAAUAUUCAUAAGAGUUCAGUUUUUCUUUUGUCUGGGUGACUGACAUCAACAUAUAGUGGCAAGUAUUCUCUAGUCCUUUAUAGAUUCAGAAAUGGUGUUCAUUAAAUGUUCUGAGCAUAAAACAGCAUUUGUUGUGCACUUAAUAAACAUGAUUUGAUGAUCAUGAUGACAAGGAUGUUUCUGCUGGCUCCUUAUUGCAAUUUCUGUCAGAAUUCAUUUUUAUUGACUAGGAAAUCCACAGUGGCCUUUUGGCCUUAUAGUCAUUCCCACCAUGAUAUGUUUCUUAGCCUAUUUCAAACACUGCUCAUCAAAUGCUUUCCUCUCCAUCUGGGGUGAGUUAGACAUAAAAGAACAGCCCUGAUGUCACCAAAGGCUGAUGUAUUUUUAGGCCUGGCUUCCAUCCCAAAUGUGCUCAAGGCUGACGGAUGGUAUAGAAGAACUUGGUGUUGCUCAGGGACAGAAUUUGUCUCUCCCUCACACCCAAUUAAUUCAGGCCAGCUCUACUGUUCCAUAACUACAGCUUUAAGGAUUAGGCAGGGCCUAUGACUCAAAAGUCCAGCUCAUCUGUUUUUUUUUUUUAAUUACUCCAGAGUGUUAGGGUAUAGGAAACUCUGGUGCUACAGUCCAUUGAGGUCAGGUUCCUUUGGCACAGAGCAUGGCAGAGAAGGGCAGAGAAUGAACCUUGGGGGUGGGAGGGGCAAAGUGCAAAAAAUAACAGCUCAGUGAGUGUUAGCCCCUGAUGCUACCAUUCCCUUACACAUUGCUUCCCAGGAAGACAAUGCUUUGCUGCUAUCCAUGGCUCAGAUACCUAAACACCCUGUGAAGUAGUGGCACCCUAGAGAGGAGACUGAUCAAGAAGGGGUUAAUUUAAAAGAACUAUUUUAAAUGACUGUCACCUUGUUUUAACGUCCUAGCCAGUUGGAAUGUUUCCUCUCUUUUUCCAGGGUAAGGGGAUCAAAUUUAAAAAGAUUUUUUUUUUCUAUGAAGAAACCAAGCCUGCAGGGGUUUAUAUUCAAAGAGGGAUCCAGUCCCUGUUCAAUUUGAAUUUAAAUUCCUUCCUACCUGUGUCCGGUUUCUUUCUUGUCAGGCCUUGUAUUUUGCAUAGAUGUCUAAUUAGCCUGGGUUUUCUUUCCCUGUGGCCUGCAGCAGGUUCUUGAAAGCUAAACUUACCUCCUCUGGCUGCCAUUGAGCAGAGGAAGAAGAGCCUAUGGGUCAGGUUGAGGGCUGAACAAAUGAAGUGAGGACCUCAAAGACUGGUUUGUCCUAUGCCUGGCUGGCUAUCAUGCUUCCUACAUGUACACAAAUGGAAUGCUUAACCAUGGGUCCUUUCUGAUUUUUAGAACCACUUAAAUCUUAUGUGUGUGGAGGGGAGGGGAGAGAGGUGGGAAGCUAUUCAUCUGGGCUAGCUCACAAUCAACUGAGAAUUCAUUAAAAGUCCAUUUAGCAGAGAUGGCAGGUGGGCAGCCACUGCCCGAUUGGCAUGUGUUUGUGUCUGCAGGGUUACAAUUUCUACACCUGCAGUGGCCCUUGGUAUACUACAAGUGUUAAGUCACUCAGGUCUGUCUUGAGUGAUGCCCUCUCCUUAAUGUCACUCCUCAUCAUCCCUGCUCCCAUGGAGAAUAAAUGCCUCCAUUCAACUGUAGCUUCUGGUGACUUCCAGGCAGUGGGUGCCCACCUUACAAGAGCAUGUGUGGUGAACCAAAACAGACAGGUUCUGGUAAAAGGAGUUCUGACUUCUGCAAGAAUAGGUGGCAAUAAGAGGUUUCUGGAGGAGAGGAAACCUUGGGAGGCUAAGGGGAAAAUGAAGCUGCUAGAAAGCAGACACUUUAUACACUGUCCAACCAAUUGCACUAAGAGGGAAGGCCUGCCCCUUCAGAACGUGAUAAGGAUUCAGUCUGGCAUUCACUCCUGGUAGUAAUACUAAUGUGGAGAAGCUUAAAGACUGUAUUUGAUCCCAAGGAAGACUGUCAGUGGGGGGAAAAAUUGAAGUUUAAAAAAAACUAAUAGGGAAUGCAUUUUGUAAAAGAUGGAAGGUAUCCCACUUGGUGGCUUAAGGGGAAAGGUGUGCUAUUUCUAGAACUCAUAAUCAAUUUCCAACCAGGCCUAGUAAAGCUUUCUUAGCAGACAGGAGGCAGGAAACUUCCAAAAAGUCAUCUCUGCCCUGUGUCCUUGGUUUAAAAGCAUUAUUUUGAGCUGGAGGGGGACUGAAGUUGAAGGAUAUUUAUUACUGGCCUCUCUUUCAAAUGUAGAGAGAUGCAUUUUCAGAUUUAAUUUUCAUUUUGUCUACAUAUGAGAUUAGGCUUUCCCAGAGUUGAUCUCUUUUCUAAACACAUUGAACCCCCACUGAGUCCUCAAAGCUAACAGCAAAUAAACAGUUGCUAUGUGUGCACACAAAUGAUUUAGAUUUUCAUUAUACAAAAGUGCUGAUAUGUUAGGAGGCAGAAGUAGGGGAAGACAAAAUGCUUGGUGUCCUGCACCUUCCUCCCUCUACAGAAAGGAGGACCCAGCAAACAGUAUUUGGGGAAGAGUGACAUUGAGGCCAGCUGGCAUCCAUGAGGGCAGCCCCUAAUGUUGGCUCCCUUUCAUGUAAUGCCUCUCCUUCCUGGAGAGGUUGUGGCAACUACAGAAAGGGAACAAAGAAAAGUAGAAAGAUCAAGGGGAAUAAAGAGGGGUAGAUAGAGAGGUAAAUAUUGGAAUUGUUCCAGAGACAUGUUUCUGCCCACUGUGGCCUAUUAGAAUUUCAUUUGUGGAACUUAAAUUUCUUUCCAAGAUAUCUCUCUGUAUCUUCUAAGUUAAAAUAUUGCACCUAGACAACAUGGUAAAGUGAAGACAGUCAAGGCUUUGGAGUCAGACAAAUCAAGGUUUGAACCCCAGACCAAACACUUCUGAGCUAUGUGUCCUUGGGGAAGUUACAUAACUUCCCUGUGUUUACUAAAUUUUCUAAGACAGCAUCUCCUAUCUGCUGUUGGCCUCCACUCUCCCUGGGAACUAUAGAAGACAUUUACUAUCCAAUGGCCCCAUCCCUUCCAGUUUGCACAGUGAUUUUUAAUCCUGGUUUACAAUAGAAUCCUCUAGAAGCUUUAAAAAAGUUUGAUGGCUAUGUCUCACCCCAGUUCAACUGAGUCUGAAUUUAUGGGGGAUGCUGGACCAUACUACCAUAUCUCCAUUGUUGAUAUCACCUACUGACUUCCUAGUCAUCUCUCAUCCAUCGAAAACUUUAGCACCUGGCUCACUCUCUUUUUCAUUCCAAUUUCUGUCAGCCUUUUGUAAACUUCAACAUCCAUGUGAACCACUCUAUCAGCUUGUUGGCCUCUAAGUUCGUUAACUUCCUUACUGCCAGUGAUAUUUUCCUUCCACCCAACCUGUGCUUUUCCCACUUCUUACAUCACCAACAAAUGCAACAUCACCAAAAUCCAGAUUUCAAGCAUUCCAUUCC